GGUCCGAGCUGCCAGCCUCUGCUGCAAACUCUGUGGCUCCUCUUUUGCAUCUUCCCUUUGCAUCAGCCCUGCACACCGGGGUCCCCUUCUUUCUUCCACCUUUUUGGCACUUUCCUCCCAAACCAACCUUGUGGGGCAAACUUUGAUGGAGAAUUUCACACCACGCUGGAAAAAUGCCGGUUAUGAAAGGAUUACUGGCCCCGCAGAACACCUUCCUCGAUACCAUAGCCACCCGCUUUGAUGGAACACAUAGUAACUUCAUCCUUGCAAAUGCCCAGGUGGCGAAGGGUUUUCCCAUAGUCUACUGUUCUGAUGGCUUCUGUGAACUUGCUGGAUUUGCUCGUACCGAAGUCAUGCAGAAAAGUUGCAGCUGCAAAUUCUUAUUUGGCGUUGAAACCAAUGAGCAACUGAUGCUUCAGAUAGAAAAGUCUCUGGAAGAAAAGACAGAAUUUAAAGGAGAAAUUAUGUUUUACAAGAAAAAUGGAUCUCCAUUUUGGUGUCUACUGGAUAUUGUUCCUAUAAAGAAUGAGAAAGGAGAUGUAGUACUUUUCCUGGCUUCAUUUAAAGACAUCACAGAUACAAAAGUGAAAAUUACUCCAGAAGAUAAAAAAGAAGAUAAAGCCAAAGGAAGAUCAAGAGCAGGAACCCACUUUGACUCAGCCCGGAGACGGAGUCGGGCGGUCCUUUAUCACAUCUCUGGGCAUCUACAAAGAAGAGAAAAGAACAAAUUGAAGAUAAAUAAUAACGUUUUUGUAGAUAAACCAGCAUUUCCAGAGUACAAAGUUUCUGAUGCAAAAAAGUCCAAAUUCAUACUUUUGCAUUUUAGCACUUUCAAAGCUGGCUGGGACUGGCUUAUUCUAUUGGCAACGUUUUAUGUUGCUGUGACGGUUCCCUACAAUGUGUGCUUCAUUGGCAACGAUGACCUGUCCACGACUCGGAGCACAACAGUCAGUGACAUUGCAGUGGAGAUUCUUUUUAUUAUAGAUAUUAUUUUAAAUUUCCGAACAACCUAUGUCAGCAAGUCUGGUCAAGUUAUCUUUGAAGCAAGAUCAAUUUGCAUCCAUUAUGUCACAACCUGGUUCAUCAUUGACUUAAUCGCUGCCCUGCCUUUUGAUCUUCUGUACGCAUUCAAUGUCACAGUGGUGUCCCUUGUGCAUCUUCUGAAAACUGUACGACUGCUACGUCUUUUGCGUCUUCUGCAGAAGCUGGACCGUUAUUCCCAACAUAGCACAAUUGUCUUGACUCUGCUUAUGUCUAUGUUUGCUCUUCUUGCACACUGGAUGGCGUGUAUCUGGUAUGUCAUUGGAAAAAUGGAAAGGGAAGACAACAGCCUUCUCAAGUGGGAAGUUGGUUGGCUCCAUGAGUUGGGAAAGAGACUGGAAUCUCCAUACUAUGGCAACAAUACGUUGGGGGGCCCAUCAAUCCGAAGUGCCUAUAUUGCUGCUCUUUACUUCACCCUUAGCAGCCUCACCAGUGUUGGGUUUGGGAAUGUGUCAGCAAAUACAGAUGCAGAAAAGAUCUUCUCAAUCUGCACCAUGCUGAUUGGUGCCUUGAUGCAUGCCUUGGUGUUUGGCAACGUGACAGCAAUCAUACAGAGGAUGUACUCCAGAUGGUCCCUCUAUCACACUAGAACUAAAGAUCUGAAGGAUUUCAUACGUGUCCAUCACCUGCCCCAGCAGCUCAAACAGAGGAUGCUGGAAUAUUUCCAAACAACCUGGUCAGUCAACAAUGGAAUAGAUUCCAAUGAGCUGUUGAAAGACUUUCCAGAUGAGUUGCGUUCUGACAUCACUAUGCAUCUGAACAAGGAAAUCUUACAGCUGUCUCUCUUUGAGUGUGCCAGCCGAGGCUGCCUCAGGUCUCUCUCUCUCCACAUCAAAACCUCUUUCUGUGCCCCAGGGGAGUACCUGCUCCGUCAAGGAGAUGCUUUGCAGGCCAUCUACUUUGUCUGCUCAGGCUCCAUGGAAGUUCUGAAAGACAGCAUGGUGUUGGCUAUUCUUGGGAAAGGGGAUUUAAUUGGAGCAAAUCUAUCAAUUAAGGACCAAGUGAUCAAGACCAAUGCUGAUGUGAAGGCUUUAACCUACUGUGAUCUCCAGUGUAUCAUCCUCAAAGGACUCUUUGAAGUGCUGGACCUUUACCCAGAAUAUGCUCACAAAUUUGUUGAAGACAUUCAGCAUGAUCUUACAUACAACCUUCGAGAAGGUCAUGAGAGUGAUGUGAUAUCAAGAUUAUCGAACAAAACUACAGUCUCACAGUCAGAGCCAAAGGGAAAUGGAAGCAUCAAGAAAAGACUCCCAUCCAUUGUGGAAGAUGAAGAAGAGGAAGAGGAGGGAGAAGAAGAGGAGACAGCUUCCCUUUCUCCCAUCUAUACAAGAGGAUCCUCUUUUACACGCACCAAGAAGAUUAACAGCAAUAAAAGCUAUCUAGGUUUAAGUCUGAAACAACUAGCCUCAGGAACAGUGCCCUUUCAUUCACCUAUCAGAGUCUCCAGUUCAAAUUCUCCCAAAAGCAAACAGGAAACUGAUCCCCCUAAUCAUGGGAAAAGGAAAGAGAAGAACUUGAAAUUGCAACUUUCAACUUUAAAUAGUGCUGGACCCCCAGAUCUCAGUCCACGGAUUGUUGAUGGAAUUGAAGAUGGAAACAGCAGUGAAGAAAGUCAGACUUUCGACUUUGGCUCUGAACGAAUCAAGCCAGAACCCAGAAUUUCUCCUCCUCUUGGAGACCCAGAGAUUGGAACCGCUGUUCUUUUCAUCAAAGCAGAGGAAACCAAGCAGCAGAUAAAUAAACUCAACAGUGAGGUAACAAUAUUAACCCAGGAGGUCUCCCAACUAGGGAAAGACAUGAGGAAUGUGAAGCAGCUUCUAGAAAAUAUUCUGUCACUUCAGCAGACAUCACGGUUCUGCUCUCUGCACACCACCUCCGUGUGUCCAUCCAGGGACAGCUUCCAAAGCAGGAUGACUUGGAGUACACACCAACCUUGUCUACACUUACAAACAGGUGGCGCAGCAUAUACCCAAGCACAACUCUGCCCCAGUAAUAUCACCUCAAACAUUUGGAGUGUGGAAUCCUCCUCUGUAGGGAGCAGCCCCCAACAAACUGGAGCUCAUGAGCAAAACCCUGCAGGCAAUGAACUUUGCUGUCCUCCUUCCAGUCUCGAUUAUUCCCCUGCCCACUACCAAGUCGUCCAAGAAGGUCAUUUACAAUUUCUACGGUGCAUCUCUCCACAGUCAGAUACGGCACUGACACCUCUGCGGUCCAUUUCAGCAACUCUGGCCUCUUCUGUGUGUUCCUCUUCGGAAAACUCUUUGCACCUAGUUCUCCCAAGUAGAUCAGAGGAAGGCAAUUUCAACCAAGCAGCUGUGAGUUCUUUCAGUCUGGAAAACUUGCCAGGAUCUUGGGAUCAGGAAGAAAGGCCACCCAUUCCUACUGAACCCUUGGAGAACUUUCCAUUGGAAGUUGUCACCAGCAGAGCGGAAGCAAAAGAUAAUAAAGCCAUAAAUGUAUGAUAUCAGCACACCUGGAACAACUGCCAAUUUUC